AUGAAGACUGCUUGGACAACGCUUAAGACACUCGAUCAAUCCAUCUUGAAUUUGUCGUGGGCCAAGCGAGUUCUAGAUCGUUUUCCUUGGGGUUCUGCUUUUUACCUGUCUCUUAUUCCACCUUUGAUAUCACCAUUCAAGCAGUCUUCUGCUAUUAGAUCACUCACGGAUGUCACAGAGUUCUUCCCUGUUCCUAGUUUGCGUGAUUUAUUCAAUAAGUGGUCAGAGCGCGGUUUCAUCGAAGUGCGUCCGCUGUUCGGAUUUCGAAAACGCGCGCGAUUUCUUGCUGUCUUCUCUGAGCGCAACGCGCGCCCGUUCGUGUGCGCAGACGAGGAGGACCUGUUCCUGGUGUCGGACCUGCUGCUGGGCGGCGACCUGCGCUACCACGUGGCGCGCGGCACCGCCUUCGACGCGGACUGCGUGCUGCUGUACGUGUGCGAGCUGGCGGCGGCGCUCGACUUCCUGCAGAAGAAGCGCAUCCUGCACAGAGAUAUUAAACCAGACAACAUUCUUUUAGAUGAGGAAGGACAUGUGCAUCUCACAGACUUCAACAUCGCAAUUAUUUUAGAGGAAGGCCAGCUAGCUACAUCCAUGUCAGGAACAAAACCUUACAUGGGCAAGUAG